AUGGCAGAGGCGAGGAGGAAAGCCGAUGAGAAGCACGAAAAGAAACUAGCCUCCGAACGAGAAAACGAUCGAAAAGGUGGGAAGGAAGUCGUGGACACCAAGUACAAAGCAUUGGAGUAUCUGCUCAGCCAGAGCAAGCUGUACUCGGCCAUUAUGCUCCAGCAGAUGACAUCGCAGGAAGAGGCCGAGGAAGCAAAAGACGAAAAGAGCAAGAAGCGGGCGCAGAAGAAAGAGGAGAAGGCUGAGAAGGCGGCAGAGGCGAGCCAGAAGAGAGCGACGAGAACGGCUGCUGCGGUGGAGUCUGCUGGGCAGGAUGCUGCAGCGCAGUCGCCGAAAAGAGAGUUGCCGAAGAGAGGAAAGGCGGCGAAACAGACGAAGGGGUCCGGGAAGAUCUCGGAUUAUGUGAAGAAGGAUGAUGUGAAAGCGAAGUCUGGAGAAACGUCGAUCUCGGAGGCGUUGGCCGCGGAGACGAAGGAUGCCGAAGUGAAGCCUGGCGACAUUGGUAUGCAGGAUCUGCGAUCUGCAAAGCAACCCGAGCUGGUCAGUGGGGGUUUGAUGCGGACGUAUCAGCUGGAGGGUCUGGACUGGUUGACAUCGUUGUACGAGAAUGGUCUGAACGGUAUCCUUGCAGAUGAGAUGGGUCUGGGCAAGACCAUUCAGACUAUUUCGUUCAUCGCAUUCCUGCGAGAGAGAGGCGUCAAUGGUCCGUUCCUGAUUGCAGCUCCACUCAGCACAACAAGCAAUUGGGUCGCCGAAUUCAAGAAGUGGACACCCACCAUCCCGGUCGUGCUCUACCAUGGCAGCAAGCAGGAGCGAGAAGAGAUUCGCAACAAGCAGUUGAAGAACCCUGGCAGUGAGGAGUUCCCCAUCAUCUGCACUAGCUACGAGAUUUGCAUGAACGACCGCAAGUUCCUGGCGCAUUAUGAUUGGAAGUUCAUCAUCAUUGACGAAGGGCACCGUAUCAAGAAUCUGAACUGUCGACUCAUCCGGGAAUUGCAGUCGUAUCAGUCAGCAAAUCGUCUUCUCAUCACGGGAACGCCUUUGCAGAACAAUUUGACGGAGUUGUGGUCCUUGCUGCACUUCCUCAUGCCGAGCAUCUUCGACAAGCUGGAGUCAUUUGAAAGCUGGUUCGACUUCUCCGCGCUGAAGGAGAAGAAUGGAUAUGAACAGAUUUUGUCUGAAGACCGAAAGAAGAAUCUCGUCGCCAGUCUCCAUGCCAUCUUGAAGCCUUUCCUUCUGCGAAGAGUCAAAGCAGAUGUCGAAACUUCGCUGCCGAAGAAAAGAGAGUACGUCUUGUACGCUCCUCUAACGCAGACUCAAAGAGAGCUGUAUCAUGAGAUCCUCGAAGGCAACAGCAGAGCGUACUUGGAGAACAAGGUGGUCGAAAGUCUCAGUGGAACCACAACGCCAACAAGCACACGCAGUCGCAGCUUGAAACGAAAGGCCAUCGAUGGAGCCUCGACGCCCAACAAAAGCGCCAAGUCAAGCCGUGCCUCCACACCAGCUACGAACAAGAGUUCAGGAGCACGAUCCCGCAAAGCAAAGAAAAGCCAGACAUACGAAGAAGUCUCGGACUCGCAGUACUUCAAGCAGCUGGAAGACGUCGAACCCUCCUCACCGGCGGAAGAGUCUCUCAAUGACUCGGAAGCAGAGGAAAACGAACGUGCCAAAACCCUCGCCCUUGCAAAACGAGAAAUCGCGGGCAAGAAACUCCAAAACCCCAUCAUGCAACUCCGACAAUGCUGCAACUCGCCUCACAACUUCUACUACCCCUUCGACAUGGACGACCACACUCCCGUGGACGAGACGCUAGUCACAGAGUCCGGCAAAAUGCUCCUCCUCGACCGACUCAUGCCCGAACUUCUCCGCCGCGGGCACAAAGUCCUCAUCUUCUCACAAUUCAAAACGCAGCUCGACUUGCUAGAUACCUACUGCCAAGACCUCCGCGGCUGGCCAACCUGCCGCAUCGACGGCACAGUCGCACAAGUCGAUCGCCAGCAGCAGAUUUUGGAGUUCAAUGACCCGAAGAGCGACUUGAAUAUCUUCUUGCUGUCGACUAGAGCCGGAGGGCAGGGUAUCAAUCUCGCGGCGGCCGAUACAGUCUUGCUCUUUGACUCUGACUGGAAUCCGCAGCAGGACUUGCAAGCUCAAGAUCGCGCUCAUCGGAUUGGGCAGACGAGGCCGGUGAUUGUUUACCGCUUUGCGACAAAAGGGACGGUGGAGCAGAUGCUGCUGGAAAAAGCGGACAGUAAACGGCGACUUGAGAAGCUGGUCAUUCAGAAGGGUCGCUUUCGCAGUGGUCCUCGCGGCGGGGAGGGUGCGGGCGAGGACUUUGCAGAACUGCAGAAAUUGCUGGGACGGGACGAUGGCGAGAGGAUUGAUGUCGAGGAUGGAAAGGGUCUUCUGAGUGAUGAGGAAUUGGCGGUGUUGACGGAUCGGAGUGAGGAGGCUUUUGAGAGGGCGGAGAAGGGGCUUGAGGUUGGUGGUGGGGUGUUUAAGAGUGUGAAGACGGAGGCUGGUGGGGGAGGGUUGUUGGAGAGUUUGCAGAAGUAG